AGGCUAAUCUCACGGCAAGCAGCGAGAAGCGUAUCAUUAAUCCUUCAGCAUGGGGCUCUACCCUUGGUGUGGUAUUAUCAGCAUUGGAAAGUUAUCAGAGUACUGAACUUCCUUUUGCUCUCGGAACCAUUUUCGGAAGUGUAAUGUGUAAAGAAUGACCAGGUUUUAUGAGCAGUACUUAAUGGACAGCCGAUCAAUCAGAAUUGGUAAGCAAGCAGACAGUCCAUCUGAAUAUGUUUAUGAAUCUGUCAGUAAACGCCACGGACGACUGCGAUCUUUUCUUGUCUUUCGGCACACGUACGACACUCUCUGUCGUUUUGAGUCUAGUUCUUCUGGUCGGAACAACAGGUAACUUUACACUGAGUGUGUUAGUGACCCGCCACACCGAAAUGCGCUCUCUCAUCAAUGUUCUGUUAGCUACCAUGGCUGUAUCUGAUGCCUUAGUGUGCGUUUUCUGCGUGCCAUUAGAUUUGGCCACAAUUAUUCUCGGCAAGUGGGUUUUUGGAAGAAUAGCGUGUAUUACACACGCUUUCUUGUUGUCCGUCUUCUUGGUGCAAAAUGUCAUUGUUUUGGUAAUUAUAAGUAUCGAUCGUUAUUUUAUUCUCGUUCACAAAAAAGACUAUCUCCAUAAAUGCCAUGCCACUGCUAUCAUACCUAUGUGCUUCGGAUUCAGUUUAGCAGUUUCAAGUCCACCUUUAUUUGGAAUUGGACAAUUUUCAAUUGUCAAUGAGUACUGUAAUUUGAUUUAUGGUGGAAGACAUGAAUUUAUGUAUUCUGCAGUGUUUUCAAGCCUACUUUUUGUGUUACCUUGCGGACUGCUUUUGUUAGCUUAUGUACACAUAAUUGUGAUUGUUCGCAAAACUAAUCAUAAAGUUCAACCUGAAUUUGGUAAACGCUUGGCGCCUCGAUGCUCAAUAAGACAGUUUCGAAUCAAUAUGAGGUUUAAGCAGAAAACUUUCUCGACAAUAUUAUGCUUGUACUGGGCAGCAGUGAUCUGCAAACUACCUCUGGCGAUUUCACUGCUAGUUCAUGGUAUCACUAAAUCCUCUUAUUGUAGAGUUUUAAUGUGGAUUAUGCUUCUGACAUAUUUGAACUCAGCAUUGAAUCCUUUCAUAUAUGCAAUGAAGAUAACUAAAUACUGGGAAUUUCUUAACAGUAAAUUUUACAACGCAAAGAACAAAGUGAAUACGUUAAAAACAAGUAGAAGACAAAGCAAGCGAGAAAGUUUGUACAGGAUAACAAGAGGCACAUCUAAUUCUGUAAUUUGAAAACUGUCAACAACGUUUUUUAUACAGAACUGUUAAUGAGAUGUAUAUCUUUUAUAAUGGAUGUUGAUAUAGCAUAUAUACACACAAAAAAGAAACUGUAAUCUGAGUGUUGCAUGAAGAAGUUGAAGAAUGUGCACAUGAAGCUAUUUCGAUCCCAAAUAAUAAUAAUGAUAAUAAAUGUAAUAUUUAA